ACCUUGCAUCAAAUUUCAAAACACAAGCGCUACAAAGUUGGUUCAGUUUCCCUCCUAAAAGGAAUCUUUUUGUUUCAGUGAGGUUUGAAAUAUUUUCUUCACUAUGGAGGCCGCGAAGUCGACGACGAGGGGAGCCGGAGGAAGAAAAGGCGGUGAGAGGAAGCAGUCGGUGACGAAGUCGGUCAAGGCGGGGCUCCAGUUCCCCGUGGGUCGGCUCGCCCGGUUCCUCAAAAAGGGUCGUUACUCUCAGAGAACCGGCACCGGAGCCCCUGUCUACCUCGCCGCGGUUCUCGAAUAUCUCGCUGCUGAGGUGCUGGAGCUGGCGGGGAACGCGGCACGUGACAACAAGAAGAACAGGAUCAACCCGAGGCACCUGCUGUUGGCCGUGAGGAACGACGAGGAGCUGGGUAAACUGCUUCAAGGUGUCACCAUUGCCAGCGGCGGAGUUCUGCCCAACAUCAACCCCAUUUUGCUGCCCAAGAAGACCGCUACCUCUGAAACUGAAAAGACCCCCAAGGCUUCCAAGUCCCCCAAAAAAGCCUAAAAUUCUCCUGGAUCCUCUUGUUUUUGUAUUAGAUCGUUUUUUAAUAUUUUUUUUUGGAAGUGUUUGUAUCCAGCACAUUAGUCUAUUCAUUGCACAUACUUUUCGGUUUUCAUUGCACAUUAGUCUUCAUUGCAUAUUAUAAAUACUUUUACUUUUGUUUGUAUUCAGCACAUUAGUCUUCAUUGCACAUUAGUUUAGGUGCUUUUGUUUGUAUCCAGCACAUUAGUCUUCAUUGCACAUUAUAAAUACUUUUACUUUUGUUCGUAUUCAGCACAUUAGUCUUUAUUGCACAUUAGUUUAUUCAGCACAUUAGUUUAUUCAUUGCACAUACUUUUAGGUGCUUUUGUUUGUAUCCCGCUCAUUGUAUGUAAUCCCUUACAUUAUAAAUAAGAUUAAAAUCCUCUGCCUUGAAUCUUUAUCAAGCAGAGAAUGUAAGAUUUGAUAAGUUCUCUGUUUGAUGAACAUUCAAGGCAGAGGAUUUUAAUCUUAUUUAUAAUGUAAGGGAUUACAUACAAUGAGUGGGAUAUAAACAAAAGUACUUAAUGUGCUGAAUAAACUAAUGUCCUAGAUACAAACAAAAGUAAAAGUAUUUAUAAUGUGCAAUGAAGACCUUGGAGUAUGUGCAAUGAAUAAACUAAUGUGUUAAAUAAACUAAUGUUCAAUGAAAACUAAUGUGCUGGAUACAAACAAAAGUAAAAGUAUUUAUAAUGUGCAAUGAAGGCCUAAAAGUAUGUGCAAUGAAUAGACUAAUCUGCAUGAUCCUUAACAGUUUUUGGUGCAUAGUUGUAGUUGGUAAAUUUGAAAUAUCCAACGGAAAGACACUUAAUUCCAUAGUAUUUUGAUAGUACGGCGCUUUGGCCCAAAUUGUCCUAUGUAAUGCUCUGAGGAGGACAUGUGUUGUGGAUAAAUUAACUUGCCCGUUUCUUCAUUUUAAUGGAGCUACUAAAUAUAAUUUCCCUUUUAUUUUUA